UUCCAUCUCGUAUGGAACCCAGAUUUCACUGCAGUAGCUACAGAAUCAAUCUAGUCGACCUUUUUCUUUUAGCCAAUCAAUCUCAUCUUGUUCGAUCGAUCGAUCGUCAUUGCCUGGUAGAAACUGGCUAAUCCAGGCGGGACCAUGUCUUUCCUUCCUCUCUUGUCCACCCUAUCUAUGCACUUCCCCCAUCCUAAUGAAUUCCCUGCACCACCACAAUCUUCCUUGUUUUUACGACCAGUACGUGAACUCAACAACGUGUAUGUCGUGCUCUCAUCUCAUGCAAAUUCUAAGUUCGUGCAUGUAUGCAUCUCAUUCCCCUUUUAAAAAGGUUAGCGGGGAGAGGUAGCAAGACGGACCAGAGAGCAGUGAGCUGCUGGCUCGUACUUGCUUUGCUGUUGUAGACAUGAAUCGCUCGGUUGCAUGUCCUUUCCUCCUCUUCUUCCUCUGCCUUGCUACCGCGUCCGGAGGAGGGCAAUGGGAGCUUCUCCAACCCAGCAUCGGCGUGUCGGCGAUGCACAUGCAGCUCUUGUCCAACGACCGCGUCAUCGUCUUCGACCGCACCGACUUUGGCCCCUCCAACCUCUCCCUCCCCGGCGGCCGCUGCCGGAACGACCCCCGCGACUGGACCCUCACCGUCGACUGCACCGCCCACGCCGCCGAGUACGACGUGCCCUCCAACGCCGUCCGCCCGCUCACCGUCCUCACCGACCCCUGGUGCUCCUCCGGCACCGUCUCCCCCGACGGCCGCUUGAUCCAGACCGGCGGCGCGAACGAUGGCGAGCGCGCCGUCCGAUACCUUGACCCCUGCCACGACCGCCUGUGCGACUGGGAGGAGGACGCGGCGGGCCUCGCGGCGCCGCGGUGGUACGCCACCAACCACGUCCUCCCCGACGGCCGCGCCGUCGUGGUCGGUGGCCGGUCGCAGCACAACUACGAGUUCGUUCCCAAGCUCGGCGCGGCCGACGCGGGCGCCGUCAGCCUGCCUUUCCUCCGAGAGACGCGCGACGCCGAGUACAACAACCUCUACCCCUUCGUCUACCUCAACGUCGACGGCAAUCUCUUCGUCUUCGCCAACAACCGCGCCAUCCUGCUCGACUACAAAACCAACAGCAUCGUGAGGACGUACCCCACCGUGCCCGACGGCCACCCUCGCAACUACCCAAGCACCGGAUCCUCCGUCCUCCUCCCGCUUCAGCCAUCGGGCUCUGAAGCGGAGGUGCUGAUCUGCGGUGGAGCACCCGAGGGCUCGUUCACGAAAGCCUCGACGCAGAAGGUGUUCGUGGGGGCUCUGAACACGUGCUUAAGGAUCCGCAUCAACGAUCCCUCGCCGUCGUGGUCCGUGGAGACGAUGCCGACGCCGAGGGUCAUGGGCGACAUGAUCCUGCUCCCCAGCGGCGACGAGGUGCUCAUCAUCAACGGCGCAGCGGCUGGGAGCUCGGGGUGGGAACUCGGACGAGAGCCAGUCUUAACGCCGGUCAGCUACCGUCACGGCAACCCGGCCGGCAGCCGCUUCGACGUGAAAACCCCGGCCACCAUCCCCCGAAUGUACCACUCCACCGCCAUUCUGCUGCGCGAUGGCCGGGUGCUCGUCGGCGGGAGCAACCCUCACGCGUUCUACAACUUCACCGGGGUCGACUUCCCGACGGACCUCAGCCUGGAGGCCUACUCACCGGCCUACCUGGAAGCAGCGAACUCCAACGCCCGACCCACGGUCACCUGGGCCGGUACUCCGGUGGAGUUGAACUACGGGAAGCCGUUCAGCCUGCGAUUCUCUGUGGCGGCCAUGAGCGAGAAGGGCGUCCUGGUGACGAUGGUGGCGCCGUCGUUCGCGACGCACUCCUUCUCCAUGAACCAGAGGUUGCUGAUCCUGGAGAGCGAACUGGCCGCGGCGGCCGACGCGGAGUCGUCACUGUACGUGGUGGACGCGAUGGCGCCAAGCUCAACUUUCAUGGCGCCGCCAGGCUAUUAUAUGGUGUUCGUCGUCAACGGAGGGAUCCCAAGCGAGGGAGUUUGGGUCCACAUCCAACACUAGAAGGAAGCCAUAGUGGUGGAACGUCUGGAGGUGCGACGUCUGUUACUGUGACAUGAGUCGUCUUGUAGCCACCGACACUUGCGGAUGGAAUGCAGCGUCCGCUUGACGACGCCGGUGUUCUGGGCCGAGUUCUUCGUUGGACUCGGAUAGGUUUCAUCUUUUGGUCGCAUUGGGGCCAGGACCCCCCGAAACAGUGCCUAAAGAUUCGUGCG